CACAACAUAAAAACUCCCCUUAUCCUCCCAUUAUUCUCUCUUUCUCUCUCUCUCCAGCACCUAUAAGCUCUUGAGUUGAGCUCUUGAGUUGAUGGCCUUUCAGAUCUAACAGCAAUAACAAUCUGAGCUCUCUCCCUCUCUCUGUAUUUCUCUGAACGUGAAACGCUGAAGAACAAAGGAAACGACAUCAUUUCGGACUCAUAAUAAUUGGCAUUAAUGUUGAGAAUGGCGAGCUCCUUCCCUGAGGAGGUGCUGGAGCACGUGUUCUCCUUCAUUUACGAUGACAAGGACCGGAACGCGAUAUCGAUGGUGUGCAAGUCCUGGUACGAGAUAGAGAGGUGGUGCCGGAGGAGGAUUUUCGUCGGGAACUGUUACGCUGUGAGUCCGCCAAUGGUGAUUAGGAGAUUUCCAGAGGUGAGAUCGGUUGAGCUUAAAGGGAAGCCGCACUUCGCGGAUUUCAAUCUCGUCCCCGAAGGUUGGGGUGGUUAUGUUUACCCUUGGAUCGCGGCCAUGGCUACAGCAUACCCCUGGCUUGAGGAGAUCAGGUUGAAGAGAAUGGUGGUUACGGAUGAGGCUUUGGAGCUGAUUGCUAAGUCCUUCAAGAAUUUCAAGGUUUUGGUGCUUUCUUCAUGUGAGGGUUUCUCUACUGAUGGACUUGCCGCCAUCGCUGCCAAUUGCAGGAAUCUGAAGGAGCUGGAUUUGCGGGAGAGUGAGGUGGAUGAUCUUAGUGGGCAUUGGUUGAGCCACUUUCCUGACUCGUACACAUCACUGGUUUCUCUUAACAUUUCCUGCUUAGGGUCUGAGGUGAGUUUCUCGGCCCUAGAGCGCCUGGUGGGUCGGUGCCCCAAUUUGAGGACUCUUCGGCUCAACCGUGCUGUGCCUCUUGACAGGCUUGCUAACAUUCUUUGCAGGGCGCCCCAGCUGGUUGAGUUGGGCACAGGCACCUACUCAGCUGAGCUGCAGCCUGAUGUCUUCUCAAGCCUAGCUGGAGCUUUUUCUGGGUGCAAGGAACUGAGAAGUUUAUCUGGGUUUUGGGAUGCGGUCCCAGGUUACCUUCCGGCAAUUUAUCCUAUUUGCCCUAGCCUAACAUCACUGAAUUUGAGCUAUGCCACUAUCCAAAGCACUGAUCUUACUAAGCUUGUUAGUCAGUGUCAAAGUUUGCAGCGCCUAUGGGUUCUGGAUUACAUUGAGGAUAUUGGACUUGAAGCUCUUGCAGCAUUUUGCAAGGACCUGCGAGAACUGAGGGUUUUCCCAUCUGAGCCGUUUGCCCAGGAACCAAAUGUAUCCUUGACAGAACAGGGCCUUGUCUCUGUUUCUGAGGGCUGCCCUAAGCUUCACUCAGUUUUGUACUUUUGCCGUCAAAUGACUAAUGAUGCCUUGGCAACAAUUGCCAGGAACCGUCCAAACAUGACUCGCUUUCGUCUUUGUAUUAUUGAACCGCGAGCCCCUGAUUACAUAACCCUUCAGCCAUUAGAUGAUGGUUUUGGAGCCAUUGUUGAACACUGCAAGGACCUCCAGCGGCUUUCCAUGGCAGGUCUUCUCACUGAUCGUGUGUUUGAGCAUAUUGGAAAUCAUGCGAAAAAGCUAGAGAUGCUAUCUGUAGCAUUUGCUGGAGAUAGUGAUCUGGGACUCCAUCAUGUGCUGUCUGGGUGUGAAAACCUUCGCAAACUAGAGAUUCGAGAUUGCCCCUUUGGGGACAAGGCUCUUUUGGUCAAUGCUGCAAAGCUGGAGACAAUGCGAUCCCUUUGGAUGUCUUCUUGCUCAGUGAGUUUUGGAGCAUGUAAGCUGCUAGGUCAGAAGAUACCUAGGCUCAAUGUUGAAGUUAUGGAUGAGAGGGGACCUCCGGGUUCAAGGCCAGAAAGUUGUCCUGUUGAGAAGCUUUACAUUUAUAGGACUGUGGCUGGGCCUCGAUUUGACAUGCCUGGUUUUGUUUGGACAAUGGAUGAAGAUUCUGCAUUGAGGCUUUCUUGACAGAUCUCUAUUCUCUCCCACUUCUGCAUCAUGCUUCUUGCCUGUGGUGAAUAAUAUACGACAGGUACAUGCUCCAAGUGCUUCUCAUUGUUGCACAUUUAAUUUUCUGUAGCUUGAUAUAAUUGCAGCCUGAUUGGUCCGGAAACAAGGAAUGGAGGAGGGGUAUACUGAGGCUUGAGAUCUCAAUUGUCAUCCCAUUUUACACUUGGCUGAGCUAUUGGUUACCAGUUAAUUAUUAAUAAAGAGAUGGAAACUUGUAUUGUUGUAGUAUGUAUUAAUCAGAGUUGUUAUUUAAUUCAAGAUAGUUGCCAUGUAUGCUAUUUGGAGACUGGAAUGCUAAUUAAUGUGUUUAUUUAACAAUUUUGGGAUAGAAAUUAUUUUUGUGGACUCAUUUGUGCCAUUUUUAAACUCCUUGUGGAAUAAAGCUCAAUUCAUGUGGAUA